AGAAAUACUCGGGGCUUCGUGCCUGUUUUUAGCUAUUUGGGCUGCGCGUUUUGUUUUGUAAAUAUAAAUUAAAGAUAAUUGUUAAAUUGUUUAUAAGGAACACGCGCAUUGCAUACAGCCGGUUGAGAGUGAAAUAAUUGCAUUUUAUUGUUAACAAUAAGAACAACAAACCAACCAAAAACGUGUACAAAUGCCGUGAUUUUCGAAGUGCCUUAAAAUAAAUGUAAUUAAGUUUAGAACAUAAGCAUUUGUAACAUAAGGAGUGUAAGUGUUAUGCAUAAAUAUAUAUCUAAAUAACAUGGCAACACAACCAAAAAGCAAACCAGAUGUUGCACCAACAACGUCCACAAAUGGCAAGAAGCCGGUAGUUGAAGUUACAACAACAACAGAAACGUCAGGAACAAAAAUAAAGAACAGCGCAGAAGCAUGGCCUGUGGCUACCACCUCAGCAACAGCCGCUACAAAUGCCACAGGAGCAGCAACAAACGAGCGCCACAAUCCAAAUACAGGUGGCCAACAACAACAGCAUCAAUCAAAAGGAAAUUCAUUUAAAAGGCACAAGGCGAAACCGCCAGCGGAAUACAAUCCCAGAUCCUGGCAAAACCGAUGGAGGAAUUCAGGCUAUGUGCCUAAAAAUCGGGAUAACAACGUAAGGCCGACCUUUUCAUACCAAGAACGCCCGCCAUUUGGCAGACAAAACUUCAAUAACAAUUAUAAUAACAAUAACAAUUACAACGACAACGGCAAUAAUUGGUCGUUUUAUAACAACAAGAACAACAACAGCUGGAACCUGCAAAGACAGCUGCCACCGGACUGGUGUAAUCCAUUUAGUAAUAGUCAAGGAUAUCCCAAAUCCAGUGAUAGAUGCGAGUUGCGUUGGGAACGCAGUUCUCACCCAAUUCCAGCCAAACAACAGCAGAAGCAACCACAGCAGGAGCCCAAGAUUCCCAGUCUAUUGGUUUCCAGUAAGGAAACAACAACUAAAGAUCAACUCAAUAAUAAAGAGCAAACGAAUCAAAAUAAGUUGAAGAACAAGAAGAGUGAUCCUACGGAGAAGCCACGCAGCACCAGCACUCUAGCUAGAAAAAAUAGCUGUGACGAAAGCAUAUCGUGGAUAAAUGCUAAAGAAUUGGAAAAAAAUAACAACAGCGAGAACUCAAAUAGUUUAGCAGCAUAUAGGCAGCUGGAGGAAUUAAAGAAGGCACCAACGCAGCAAAGAGAGGAAACUAAUACUACGCAGCCAAAAGAACUCACAGUCCCAAGAACAAAUCCCAAGAUACAGGUAAAACCUUUAUCCCAACUGCUCCGACAAGAGAUAAUUGCCCUAACUAGAGAGAAGAAAGAGGAGACAGCGACUUCUCCAGCGGAGCAUGGUGCAAUAAAAUCACAACUGAAGGCCACUCCGCGAAUACGUGAGCGGACCUCGAGCAGUAGCAGCGUGGAGCUCACCAUUAAUGAGCGCCUCGCUACUAUGGGCAAGGAGGCACUCAAGUAUAUAAUCAAUAAUAAGGAUACUAUUUAUGACGAGCAUUUGCAGCUGCAGGCACGCCGACGUCUACGCGAAGAAAUACGCCGUCAGCUAAAGGAAAUCGAGCUGGAAAAGCCAAAAGAUGAAACCAAAGAGCUGGUUGAAGAUGAAAUUGUAGAUGCCAUUAAGUUGCCACAGGUGCUGCUGCAAAAUAUUGAAAAAUUCUUCGGCAUAGACAUAUCAGUUGCGGAGGUGGAGUGUGAUCAAAGCGAGAAAAAGACUGAGGAACCUAAAGACAAAGGACAAUCUCAAGCGAACCAAACAGACAGUUUAGAGACCAUGGCUAAGCAGUCCAAAAUCUCCACCGAUCUUAUGAGGCGUCUCAAGGUAGCUGAGGAGUUCAAGGCCUCAGCCAGCAAGCGCUCGCACGAAAGCGCCACAAGAACAAGUCGCAGCAAGUCGCCGCAUGCUCCGGUAGAUUCCAAGCGUAGAAAGAAGAGUGUAGAGGAGCUAAAGGAGCGUAGUCCCAAAAAAGCCGAACGCAGUCCCAAGAAGUCUGAGCCUAGCUCCAAACAGGUUCAGUCCAAACCCGCGCAAACAGCACCCAACAAAGUGGCUAGCCCCGCACCAAUUAAAGAGCCUGUGAAUGCUAUUAGUGCCACAAAUGGGCGAGAACAAACUGAUAAUAAAGACGUCGCGCCUAUCAAAGUGGAAAUAAAACCGGAACUGCCUGGUGAAUCGCAAUUUUCCGAAAAUAUCAUAGUGCUGAGCUCCUCCGAAGAUGAAGACGAGGAGGAAGUGCCGAAGAAACAAGCUGCUAAGCCCGAUAACGAUGCUUCCAAGAAACAAAAUUUUACGAUCAAUGGCGAAAAUGUAAUUAGCAGCUUCGAGAAGCUGGUGCUGCCCUAUCUGGGCAAAGAAUUAACGGAGCGAUAUCGCACCAAACACUGCCUGAGCAAUCAAACGCGAUUACAUUUCAUUUCCUGUGUCUGCACCAGCGAAUAUAAUUCGGAAACCUUCAGCAAAAUCGAAAUAGCCAACAUACAAAGGAAUCUCAAGUCAUCUCAGAAUCAAGUGGGCUUAGAAUUUCUACUGCGCGAGAUAGUCAAUGUGGUUAACUACCAGAAGCAGGUGGCACAAAAAAAGCAGGAGACAGAAGAAACUAAUAAGAUUAGCGAUGAGUCGCUGACAAAUGCUGUCGAUAAAAACGCUGAGACCGCGCCUGAUUUGCCAUCAAAGACACCGGCACAUCAAACGAAUGCUACGAGCCCAGAAAUUGCUGAGACAGCAAAUGCAGAAACAGAAUUAUGCGCCCAACCCUCUACAAUUUCUGGUACACCACCCGCAAUCUCGCCACCCCGCAAUCUGACACCAACCGCAGGACCUGUUAAUGGCCUCUUGCCAGCAACAGCAACAUUUGCAGCUUCUGCACUGCCAACACGUUUACCAGUCCUACCCUAUCUUAGUAUGGAGUCCACAUUGCCGCGUCUCUCGCCCGGCAGCCUCCCGCUCCAUGGCAACUGCAGUCUGGAUAACUCGGAGUCACUGUUUCACUUGGGUCUCAGUGAGUCUGUCACUCAUAGUUUACUCGAGACUGAUCGGCGACUGCUCGAGAACCAAAACCGACGCAGUUUCCUGGAGGAAAUGAUUAUGAAGUUUCAGAAAGAGAAAUCCGAUUUAGAAAUGCAAAGUCUAGAGCUGCAGAAUCGAAAAUUUUUAUUACUCAACACAGCCAUAAGCCGCAAUCAGCCCAUAAAUGGGCCGAUGCCCUCAAGCUCUCCGCCAACGAUAAUCACAGCUCCGGUUCCAACAAUCUCACCAACUGAAAAUGUUGUCCAUAUUACGAAAGCCAAACCACGUUUAAAACGUCGCACCGUUUUCCUAAAACGUGUUAAGGUUUUGCCAAAACGGAAAGCAACUAAAAACCGUCUAAUCCUUCCGAAAGCAACUCCACAAAAUCAACAGGCCGAUGAGUUGCAGCGCGAAAUUGAGAAAUCACUGCAGGCCUGUGAGGAAUCAAAAAAAUCGACAGCAUCUAAUAAUAUGCCCCUACCCAUGAGACUCUCCGUAAGCAAUACCGUCAUUAAGGACGAACCCAUUGAUGUUCCAACGUCCCCUCCCACGUCCCACCCAAAACCGGCAGAUGAUUAUGACGUCGCGAAGGCGAAAAGUUUCCGCUCCAUGAAACCCAAAUCCACAUCGACGACUGCCCAACAGCAACCUCUGGCUGUUAUACCACCGUUACCGCCGCCACCCCCACCACCGGAGCCCAUAGCGAACAUGUCCUACGAUCUACCCCGUAGUAUACCCAAAACAUCACCAGCUAAAGCGUCGAACACAGCCGUUCAGUCACCGCCUAUCGCCAAUCUCAACUAUGACUUCAUUCCUAGUGGUCGGUUGCAUAACAUCAAAAGCCCCAUUACCCAGCUAUGCAUAUAUAAGGUGUACAUCAUAGCUGCUGCGGAGGAUGGGGAUGUCUAUAUGUUCAACAUAGGCUCCCAUAAGCUCGAACGCCAGAUCACCAAGCACAGCGAGGCCAUCACAAACAUGUUUCUGUGCGAAAAGGAGUCCUUCCUCUACACUACAUCUCUCGAUGGUUUUUUGAAAAAAUCAUCCCUAGAGAACUUGGAACGCGUGCUUCAAACGGUCUAUUUCAAGGAACCGCUACAGUCCAUUGAUGUCGAGUGGGGCAUUGCUUUCAUUGGCAGUCGUUGGGGCAACAUAUUUACCUAUAAUUUGACGACCAACAAAGUUAUUGAUAUGCCGUUGCUUGGAACUGGCCAGUCCAUCAUUGCUGUUAAGGCCACCAAAGAGGGUGUGCGCAAGAUUCUCGUAUUGGGCUGCAAGGGAAACUCUGUCUAUAUGCAUGAUGCAGCCACUGGCUUGUUGCUGCGUCGCCUCAGCGUUCCAGAAGGUUUGAAUGUCUAUAGCCUGCUGCUAAACGAAGUCUACGUCUAUUGUGGUACUCAGAAGAAUGAAAUAUUUAAAUUCGAUUUUGCGAGUGGAGCCCUCGUUUCCACACUGAAUUGUGGCAACGGUGCGGUAUCGAUGGCUACAUAUAAGGACCGAUAUCUGCUGGUUGGCUGCUAUGAUGGCUAUAUUUAUGUUCUAGACAAAAUCAAGAAUGUACAGGUCGGCCGUUUUGAGGGCUCGGGCCGUUUGGUGCUGGCACUGGCAAUAACGGGCGAUAAGGUAGUUACAUCGUCUAAGGAUACCUCGCUGGAGAUACUGGAAAUUCCUCCAGAGCUGCUGAAUUUGGGGCAAUGUUCUGAUUCUGUUUGAGGCUACUUGUUGCUUACAAUUCAGUUCCCAACAGACACACACACACACGUACAUAAAUAUAAUAAUAAUAUUUAAUAUGUAU